UCUUCUAACUUGCAAGGAAAUGAGUGAAGAAGAGGCGGUGAAUGGAAACGGAGUUUACCCCAAGAGUACAGUCCCACGUCUGAGUGAAAGGAUGCUGUCAACCUUGUCAAGGAGAUCCGUAGCCGCACAUCCUUGGCAUGAUCUUGAGAUUGGACCUGGGGCACCCCAAGUUUUCAACUGCGUUGUGGAGAUAACUAAAGGAAGUAAAGUCAAAUACGAGCUCGACAAGAAGACAGGGCUGAUAAAGGUCGACCGUAUCUUGUACUCAUCGGUGGUCUAUCCUCACAAUUAUGGUUUCAUACCCCGCACACUCUGUGAGGACAAUGACCCAAUGGAUGUUUUAAUCCUCAUGCAGGAGCCGGUCCUUCCUGGUUGUUUCCUCCGAGCCAGGGCAAUUGGACUCAUGCCCAUGAUCGAUCAGGGAGAGAAGGACGAUAAGAUCAUUGCAGUGUGUGCCGAUGACCCAGAGUAUAGGCACUAUACCGAUAUCAGAGAGCUUCCCCCUCAUCGUCUUGCUGAGAUCAGGCGUUUCUUUGAAGACUAUAAGAAGAACGAGAACAAAGAGGUUGCCGUUGAUGAUUUUUUGCCUGCAGAAACUGCUCACAGGGCGAUACAGUACUCCAUGGACCUUUACGCUCAGUAUAUCUUGCAAAGUUUGAGGCGUUAAGCACAACGGAUUUAUUUUAGUACCUAAAUAAUCCAUUCAAAUUAUUGGAAGG